AAAACUCCGUAACAUCUCCAUCUACCAUGCUUAAGUUUCUCAGUGUCAUGGCCUCAUGGUUCCCCUCAAAUGCCGUCUGUAAAAUCUAGCUACUUUCUUGGUUUGCACAACAAUGGAAGCACCAUCGCUUCUUCUCCACUCAAAGACAAUCUCAUUUCCUUUUUCUUUUACAAACAAUCAAAAACUUUCUUUCAGGCAUUUCAACAAACACGUACAGUGCCAGUUAUCAAGUAGUAAUGCCAACAGCUCUCGGCAUCGCCACGACCUUAAACGAAUCAAGGCCUCAUCGAAUUCACAUUUAUCUUUUUACCCGUUACAGUUAGAAUUACGAAGAAGAAGGACAACUCAUUUGUGGUCUGCUCUAAAUUGCUCGUAUUCCAGCACUGCGAGCCCAGAUUCCGAAACCUCACUAGUUAAACGGUUCAAGAACAUAUUCUUUGAUUGGUUGAAGAGAACACUUUUCGAGUUAACUCCUUUUGGUAUCGCGAAGUUAACGGUAAUCUUAGCCGUUUCAGUUGCAACCACGAAAUGGGCUGUGAACUUGCUCUUGAACCCGUUUUUCUGGAUGUAUUUUAGCUGGACUUGGUUAUUCUGGCCCUGGUUUGUAGCUACGGCCCUUGCGGUUUAUGGGUUGUACUGUUUUCGAAAGCAUUUGAUUGGUGAAGCAAGCAUCUUCGAGCAGCUUGCUAUUGUUUCUUCAGUUUUUACUUGGCUGACGCUGGUGCCGCCUGCCUUUUUCAAUGGAUUCCUUGAAGGAUGGCCUUUUGUUUUCUUCUUCGUCUACCAUUACUUCUUCUUCUUCAAUGUUAGUGUGAGAAAACGAUUGUAUGGAGAUUACUACGUGCGCCCGCAUGAUCCAAAGUGGGACGUGAAUGUACCCAAAUGGCAGCAACUUCUGUUCUGCGUUGGUAUCAUGGUUGGGCAUUGGCUCGCGGCCUUUGAAGGGCCAGAGCUGCAUCUUGUACCAGGUGGGUGGAGCAAUGUGGGGAUUUGGGUUUUGAUAGUGGUUACUCUGCUAAUGCAGUACAACUCUACGUUAUAUCUUGCAAAGUAUUCAGAGAAAGUGGUGGUGCCAACGGCUGUUGUGCAGUUUGGACCGUAUAGAUGGGUCAGGCAUCCAAUUUAUGUAUCUACAAUGCUUCUCUUUAUGACUUACUGUGUUGCUCUUCGGGCGCCAUUGAGCUUGCUAUUUGUUACGGUGGUUUGCUUGGUUUAUUAUGAGCAGAAGGCAAGACUUGAAGAAAAUUUGAUGGUGGAGACAUUUGGAGACAGAUACUUGGAAUAUGCAAAUAAAGUGAGUAUAAUGCACUUAAAUACAAGGGUGAAAGCUCCUCUUUUGGAGGUUAUUUCAAUCAAAGUUUCUCCAUAGGGAAUAUCCAGGUUGCAGGUUUGUUUUAGCAAGAACAUCUACUGGAUUUCUGAUAGCUCAUAGAUGUAUAAUUAAAUAAUUAUCAUUUUUAGGUUUUAGUCACGCAUUUUUAAGUAAUCCUCUGUUUCUGCACAUCAUAUACGACAUAUAUGUUUUGAAAAUGAUAUCGUUGGUUGUUUCAAGUUGUUUUCAUUUCUGCUCGACACUUCGGACAAUCCACACCAUGUUUUGGAUUGGCCAUGAAAAAUCAUAUCUUGUUCACUUAUUCGAUGACAUAGAACUAAAUUUUUGUGUCUGCAUGAUUGAGAUUGAUAUAAAACCCUUAGAAAAUCAAGGAGAGAGUCAAAUUCCUACAGCGGCAGAGAGGUUCAUGCACUAGCAUUCAUCUACUCUUGGCAGUCAUAUUUCUCCUCCUUCACGCAAGUCAUUUAGACCUUUUUGUCACCCAUGUAAGUCUUUCUCAAGUGCUAUGCUCCCAAGUCAGCUAUCUGACGUGGAAUUUCAGCGUACACUACCCAAUUCGACACCUGUCAUAAACCCAAAUGCCUUGUACAGUUGUAGUUUUUGUCGUUGAUAGGAAGCCAAAAAGUUUACUUGGCCAAGGUUGUGUACCAGAAAAGAAGACAAGAGAGAAAUAUCUUGUGUUCUUGAUGGCUACCCCUGCAUUUCAUCCACAAAACAAAACCACACAAAUUUGAUCCUCAAAAAACACAAACUCCUUUUUUCCCCCUUCCUUUUCUUUUUCUUUAUCUUUUUUCUGUCACUUUCCUGUUUUUUUUUUUGCAUUUUUGCAUUUUUCUUCUCUGCAAAAUACAUUUCACAUUACAAAACCCUAAAUGCAUAAUCAUGACCCACCUACACAAACUUAAUAAACAAAAAAAAAAAAAUUUUAAAAA